AUGAUGGAGGCGACGAAGAGAGAAAGGCGGAGGAAAAAUGACGACCGAGAAAAAAGCAGCAAUCACGAAGCUUCUCCGGAACCGGAAUUGCCCAGCCUUCCUGAAGAGGUAUUCACUGAAAUUCUUCUUCGAUCACCAGCCAGAUCAGUAGGGCGAUUCAGGUGUGUCUCCAAGGCUUUUUGCUCUCUCUUGUCACAUCCAAAGUUUGCGAAGAGUCACCUCGAUCUAAUCCUCCGAAACGAUGCAGUGAAAUCUCGGAAUCGGAGACUUAUCCUUUCGUUGAAUAAUCUAUUCGCGGUGGAUCUCGAUUCGAUCGGCGAUGGCGGUGAAGGAACGAGCGAUUUGACUGCUGUGGAGCUCGAUUACCCGUUUAAAGAAGAUCUGGAUCUCUUAUCCGAAACGAGAAGCGAAACUAUCAAAUUCAGGCUUUGGGGUGGAACGGAGAUGACUUUUGACUCCGAUUCGGAUCCGCCUAAAAGAAGCUGGGUUGAUAUCGCCGGAUCUUCGAACGGGUUGGUUUGUAUCUCUUCGGAUGAAGACAUUGUCUUCUUGUUUAACCCAACCACCGGAGAAUCUAAGAGGAUACCGGAAUCACCUGAAUCUCUUAGCUCAAAAUAUGUAGACGAGGAGCUAGUGGAAAUCGAGAUACUUGGUUUUGGCUUCGAUGAUUUAACCGAUGAUUACAAAGUGGUCAAGUUUGUUGCUAGUAACGACGGUGAUCUCAACGCUUAUGUCUACUCUCUCAGGAGAGACUCGUGGAGGCGGAUCUCUGAUAUGCGUUAUCGCCACGUGCAUCCCAAUUCCGGUGUGCAUUUAAACGGAGCGGUUCACUGGAUUGUCAAACUUGAAGAAGGUCAAAACAAGAGAGUAAUUGCGGCGUUUGAUCUUGAGACAGAGAAGUUCAGGGAGAUGUCAUUGCCUGGUGAGGCAGGGGAUUGUGACCAUAUGUUCAUGAAGCUUGAGGUAGGGAUUCUCAGAGAAUGUCUCUGUGUGGUUUACAGUUGCUAUGAGAUGCAUGAUGUUAUGUGGGUGAUGAACAAGUAUGGUCUCGAGAGUUAUUGGAGUAAGAUUCGAAUCAGCAUGUCGUACAUAUCCUUGAAACCGCUCUAUUCGACGGAGAAUGAUCAUGAGGAGGUUCUUUUAGUGCUUGAUAUGAACUUGGUCUUGUACAACUUUAAGUGGAAUACAUUGAGGAAUCUGGAAAUCCAAGGUGUUGAUCUCGGAGUGGAAUUUGAGGCCAGUAUAAAGAAACUCGUGGAUUGUGAAUCAUUCGUCAUCAUCAUCAUCGACGAGUUCAGCUACAUUCGCACAGACGAUAAAGUAUACAUCAUUGAAGCAUUUAGAAUGCCGGAGAAAGGAGCGAUUCCAUCUCCGGCGCCGAGUCAACUGUUGAUUCUACGGCCGAGCCCUCUACUUCAAUGGCGUCUCGGUGCUCUUACUGCACUCAUCUUCUUCCUCAUGUUGGUCGUCUGGAACAUCGACAGUUGCUCGAUCCAAAGCUUCGUCCAGCCAUGGAGAUUCAAUACCUACUCUGUUCGAGUCACUCUCUCUCCAUCUCCUUCGCCUUCACUGUCGCCGAAACCUCAUCUAGAAUCCGAUAAACCCCACCGACAAAAUCUCACUCUGAACACGACGACGGGUCCACGAAAUCCGGAUCCGACCCGGGUUCAAGUUGGGUGGAUUGCCGCCGAAUCGGAGAAGAAUUUCACGGCGAAUCUGAUGAGAAACUGGCUGGCUCCAGGAGGAGCACCGUGCAGAGAAGCGAAGACCGUCGAGAUCUCCGUUCCCGCCAUCGACGGGACUGAUUCAGUAGAGCUAACCGCCGGCGAGAUCCACGAAUUCAAAUUCCAAGCCUUGGACGAAUCUAGAAACCCGGUUUGCAUCGGCGGGGACUAUUUCGAGACUGAUUUAUCCGGCGAGAACUGGAAAUCGAGGCCGCCGGUGAAAGAUUUCGGCGACGGAAGUUACUCUUUCUCGUUACAGGUCCAUCCAGAGUUCGCCGGAGAAUACAACCUCACCGUCAUUUUACUCUUCCGCCACUACCAAGGCCUGAAAAUCAGCACCGCACGCUUAGGCUUCGACCGAAAGCUCCGCAACGUCCGAUUACGUUUCCUCAACAAGCCUCACAUUCUUCUCCCGGAGCUCAAAUCAUGUCAAAAAUCCGAUUUCACACGAGACGCAUGGUCCGGGCGAUGGACCAGGCUCGGGAGAAACGACGACUGCCAGAUCAGCAACGACGGGCGUUACCGGUGCCUCGCCGCGGAUUUCCCUUGCCGGAAACCGUGGUGCGACGGAGCGGUUGGAGCUAUAGAGAGCAACGGUUGGGUUUACUCCACUCACUGCUCUUUCAAGCUCUUCUCCGGCGAUUCCGCUUGGGAUUGCUUGAAGAACAGAUGGAUCUUCUUCUGGGGAGACUCGAAUCACGUCGAUUCGAUCAGAAACUUGCUCAAUUUCGUCUUGGGACAUCCGGAGAUCCCAGCUGUGCCGAGGAGAUUCGAUUUGAAGUUUUCGAAUCCGAAGAACUCGUCGGAGACGGUUAGGAUCACGAGUAUAUUCAACGGUCAUUGGAACGAGACGAAGAACUAUCAGGGACUCGAUUCGCUUAAAGACCGCGAUUUUAGAGAAUUGCUUGAAAAAUACUUCUCCGAGAAUCGCGUUCCCGACGCUAUGGUCGUGAAUUCGGGUCUACACGAUGGGAUCCACUGGUCGAAUCUUAGGGCGUUUGUGAAAGGAGCUGAAACCGCGGCUGCGUUUUGGAGAGACGUUUUCGAGGGGGUUAAAAGGAGAGGGUUGAAACCGCCGGAAGUGGUUUUCAGAAACACGAUCGCGACGGGCGGUUACGCGAGAACGCUAGCGUUUAACCCGAGCAAAAUGGAGGCGUUUAAUGGAGUGUUUCUUGAGAAGAUGAGGGAUGUGGGAUUGGUGACAAGCGUGGUGGAUAAUUUCGAUAUGACGUAUCCGUGGCAUUAUGAUAACCGGUGCAGUGAUGGAGUUCAUUAUGGUAGAACGCCGGCGAAAAUGCGGUGGAGGGACGGUGAGAUUGGACAUCAGUAUUUUGUGGAUUUGAUGCUUGUUCACGUCUUGCUAAAUGCAUUGUGUGCGAGAUAG